UUAAGUCCGGUGAAAAUUCUAGGAACAAAUUCGUAAUUUCAAUAGGAAGGGUGACGAUAAAAUAAAAAGGGCGGCAAAUUUUAUUAAUGCCUUUUUAAUUUGGCACGGCUGUACACAAUCAUAAUUACCAUCAUGCCACAUUGCUAUAGCCUAUAUGUAUUAUGCCUAUCAGCCUGCAAUUGUAAAAGAAAGGGCACUUUAGUCAAAUUAAAAACAACCCCACUUUCAUGGUUUUCCCUCCUUUCCUCUGCAAGUCUGCAAUUGUAAAAUACUGGUAAAAUACUUACAUCAAAAGAGAGAAAAUCAAGAUUAAAGAAAGCAAGAAUGCAUGAUUAGAAGAUGAACUAACUCGCUUUUCAAAAAUUAUAAAUUUUGUUACUCAAAAAAUACCGAUUGAUAAAUUAUAAUCGCAGUUUUCUGUUGGCUAAAUUGUGUGGAAUUUCUGCAUUGUGCAUGCAAAUUGCUGUGCAGGAACAGCAGUUAUGGCUUCAAUAAAAGCAGAAUUAUUAGAUAAAAUGCAACACAGAUUACACCCAAAAAGAAAUUUAAUUGUUUCUGGUUUUGGGUUAUGUAUUGCUGCUAUUUCUUUCAUUCUUGUUUCCCUUGGAAUCUCAUUUACCAAUAAAACAAUUCCAAUUUCCUCUUUUUUCUUGGAUUCUUCAAUUGUAUCUUGGUCUUUUUCCCAUCCAAAAACUAGUAAAAAUGAAACAAUUUUAGGGAAUUUUACUCUAAACAAUGUGAGUGGAAGUGGGAAUUUGAAUAUUACAGGGAAAACCCAGUUUGAAAAUCUUGAUUUUAAGCUGAAAAAUGUGAGUUUUCUUGGUUUAAAAUCAAGGGUUUUUGAUGGUGAGACAAAUAAUUCUGCAAAAAGUGAAAAUUUUGAUGUUACUAAGGUGAAAGAUGAUGAGGGUUUGAGAAUUUCAGGGAAGUUUAAUAUAAGAUUUGCUGAAAGAGAAAAUGGUGGUGAUGGGACUUUGUUAAAAGAUUGUGAUUUUUUUGAGGGAAAGUGGGUUAAAGAUGAUGAUUUGCCACAUUACCCACCAGGUUCUUGCCCUUAUAUUGAUAAAGAUUUUAAUUGUCAUCUUAAUGGGAGACCUGAUAAAGGGUUUUAUAGAUGGAAAUGGCAGCCAUUUCAGUGUAACAUUCCAAGAAUCAACGCCACUGAUUUCUUGGAGAGAAUGAGAGGGAGGAAGCUAGUUUUCAUUGGGGAUUCAUUGAAUCGAAACAUGUGGGAGUCUCUUGUUUGCAUUCUUUGGAAUAGUAUCAAGGACAAGACGAGGGUGUACGAGGUAUCAGGGAAGAGAGAAUUCAAAAAAAACGGCUUCUACGCCUUCCGAUUCGAGGAUUACAACUGUAGCAUUGAUUAUGUUAGAGCUCCAUUUUUGGUCAGGGAAUCCUUUUUCCAGGAUAAAAAUAGAUCAUUAGCAACAUUAAGGCUUGAUUUAAUGGACCAAACAACCAACAUGUAUCAUGAUGCUCAUAUUUUAGUCUUUAAUACCGGUCAUUGGUGGACUCAUGAGAAAACUUCUAGAGGGGAGGAAUAUUAUCAAGAAGGUGACCAUGUUCACCCUCGGCUUAAGGCUCUUAAGGCUUACAGGAAGGCGCUCACUACUUGGGGCAGAUGGGUUGACAGGCAUAUUGAUUACAACAGAACUCUAGUAUUCUUUAGAGGAUAUUCUGGCACCCAUUUCAGAGGAGGUCAAUGGAAUUCAGGAGGACAAUGCCAUAAAGAAACCGAGCCAAUCUUCAACAAGACUUACUUAGCGAGAUACCCAUCAAAAAUGAGAGCUCUCGAACAAGUUCUGGGGAAAAUGAAGACCCCUGUGAUGUACUUAAACAUAAGCAGGUUGACAGAUUACAGAAAAGAUGGACACCCAUCAAUUUACAGAAGUUUAUACGACAGUGAAAAAGAGCUAACUGAGGCUGAGCUUUAUCAAGACUGUAGCCAUUGGUGCUUGCCUGGAGUACCCGACUUAUGGAACGAGCUUCUUUACGCUUCCCUCCUUAAGAUUGGAUGGGGAUCUCCUAACCGAUGAAUAUGAACUCGAGUUGGAAUACGUUGAACAGCGUCGGUGUUUAAGAUGGACUAGUUCCUUACUAGACUAAUAGUUUUCAGAAUCAUAAAUUUGGUCUCAAAGGUUGUGAUUAAGUAGGUUUUACCUGUAAUGUGAAGGUAGAUAGUAUACAUAUAGGUUCUUGCCUCUGGGUAGGGUUUGAUUUUUUUGAAUUUGUUGUUAUUAUAAGAAAAAACCGUAGGGUCUGGUGUUUUGAUUGGUCUGGUCUAGUCUGAAAAAUUUCUAGAUCGGAAUUUCUAAUUUGAACUAAUUUUUGUGUUAAAUUAGACCAGACCAGACCGGACCUUGUUCAGCCCUACCUCUGGGUAUUAGGAUAUACGAAGUUAGUUCAAAACACGUGACUUACCCUUUAUUAGUCACUAGUGAGUUCCAACUCGAGAACUUGACAUCUCCUAUUUGACUAAAUACAAAUUCUUGUAUGAGAGACGCGCUUUACACAUGGUUAAAUAGCUAAUAAUAUAAAUUAUUAGCAUAUGAAUUUAUUAAAUGCAAAUUAUGAAGCUAGUUGAUUCUCAAUGAUGAAACGGAACUCAAAAUGACUAGCUUUGAAAGACCAAGAUCAUACUAUUAGACAGAUUAAAGCUGUUCAUAACUUACAAUAAACUGCUCCUAAAAUAGUCUUUAUUUUUAUUGAUCCCAGCAUGUGAUUUUAUUAAUGGAGGCAUGGAGCAUAUGUUAUAUUUUAAACAGAAUACUUAGUAGUAUUCAGGCCCGGCUAUGAGGGCAACAGGGCCCCAAAAUCAGGAGGGCCCCAUAUUUUUUCUAAGCCUUUCUUUACCUUUAAUAUUCUACCGCCAUUGUUCUUUAGCUUUCUCAUCUCAAUUUCAGCUUUUAAUCUUCCAAAUAUCCAUACUUUCUUACUCUUCAUUUUCCUAUCUUCAUCUUCACAAAAUUUAGGAGCUUUGUCUCAAUAGACAAAACUAAACAUAAAGAUUAGACUAAGUCACCUAUUAUUUUUAAAUCCACCAUUAAAGAUCUUUCUAAACAAUUUGUUGAUACCUGUGUUUUGGAUGGCUCAAUUUUUGUAAUCUUCAUGUAGUAAUUGGGAACUAAUGUUAGGAAACCUGUUGUUUCAUACUUGUAUUUAAUAUGUUCACAUGAUUUUAAUCUUUUUUGUUUUUAAGGAUAAGUAUUUGGAAGACUAUUGUAGCUUGUGCGGUUGAUUGAGAGAACCGAAGAAAUUGUGUAGUUUAAAGGAAAUAGAUCAAAUCUGAAUUUUUAAAGCAUAUUUUACUUUUGAUAUUUUAAAUUUAAAAUAAUGUGAAUUUGCUAAAAUUGUUAAUUUGAAUUGGAAACUUGCAUUGAGUACAAAUAUACUUUCUCAAUUCAUUAUAUUUGCUACUGAUAGUGACCUUUUUCUCACAUAUUACGUCAUAAUCGGAUACAAAUAUUUUAGAACGUAGGAAGUAGGAAUAUCCGAUUAAUGAAUGUAGAGUACGUCAAAGUUCAAAUGGUAAAAGAUAGUUCUUUUUAAAUAAAAGAUUGAGGAGUAUCAAUUUGAAUUAGAAGUAUGUUGUAAUUUACAAUUAAAAUGCUAUAAUAUAUCUGCUUCAAUAUUUAUAAAAAUAUUUUGAAGUAAAUU